ACCUGCAGGAGGGCUGGAGGCGGCGGCCGCGCCCGGCCUCCGCCUGCACGGGGCCGCGCCUCCCCUGCUCCCCGCUUUUCUGCCCUCCUCUCCUGUCCCCCGGCCUCGCCGCCGUCCCGCACGCAGCCGCCUCCCGCGGCGCCGGCACCGGGCUGCAGCUGGCGGGCGGCGGCGUCUCGGGGCGCCCCCGGCCGCUCCCCUGUCGUACCUGCAGCCCUCCUGCCACUCCCCCUCGUUGCUUCUCCUCUUCUAAUUUCCUGGGUUUUGGGGGGGGUUGCUUUUAUUUGCUUCUCGUCUUCCUACGUUUUUUUUUUUUUUUUUUUUUUUUUUUUUUUACCCUCUUCAUCUAGUGGCUCUUAAUUUUUUGGUUUCUUCUGAUUUUUCUGCUUGGACUUUGCCUUGUCAUGUCAAGAUGGAAGUCAGGCAUGACUGGCUUUCCUCAUCCCCCCAUGAGGGCUUCGAGCAGAUGAGGCUGAAGAGCAGACCCAGGGAGCCGUCGCCAAGCCUCACGAGAGUAGGUGCGAACUUCUACAGCACUGUCAAGCAGCAGGACUACAGUGCCAGUGUCUGGCUGCGGAGGAAAGACAAACUGGAGCACUCCCAGCAAAGAUGCAUUGUGAUCUUUGCACUGGUAUGCUGCUUUGCAAUUCUGGUUGCACUGAUAUUUUCGGCAGUGGAUAUUAUGGGAGAAGAUGAGGAUGGACUCUCAGAAAAGAACUGUCAAAAUAACUGUCGGGUUGCUCUUGUGGAAAAUAUUCCUGAAGGGAUCAACUAUUCAGACAGUGCACCAUCUCAUUUGUCUCUUUUCCAAGGCUGGAUGAAUUUGCUAAAUAUGGCUGAAAAGUCUGUUGACAUAGUAUCUUCCCAGUGGGACCUCAAUCACAGUCAUCCAUCCGCAUGCCAGGGUCAGCGUCUUUUUGAAAAAUUGCUUGAACUGGCAUCUCGAAAUAUUGAGAUAAAACUAGUGAGCGAUAUCCUGCCUGUGGAAUCAAAAGUACUAAACGACUUGAAAACAAAGGGUGCUGAAGUGCUGUAUAUGAACAUGUCAGCAUAUAAUGAAGGUCGCCUUCAGUCAUCUUUCUGGAUUGUUGAUAAACAGCAUGUGUACAUUGGGAGUGCCAGCCUAGACUGGAGAUCACUGGGACAGAUGAAGGAACUUGGCGUCAUCGUAUACAACUGCAGCUGCCUCGUCCUGGAUUUACAAAGGAUAUUUGCCCUGUACAGUUCAUUAAAAUACAAGAAUAAAAUACCUCCAAGUUGGUCUAAGAGACUGUAUGGAGUGUACGAUACUCAGAAUAAACUGACACUGCAGCUGAAUGAGACUAAAUCAGAAGCUUUUGUGUCGAAUUCACCUAAACUCUUCUGCCCAAAGGACAGAGUCCUGGAUAUUGAAGCUAUAUACAACGUUAUCGAUGAUGCAAAACAGUUUGUAUACAUAGCUGUCAUGGACUACCUGCCGAUCGUCAUCGACACAAAUGCUAAACGAUACUGGCCAUAUUUAGAUGGGAAGAUAAGAGAAGCUUUAGUUUUACGAAGUAUUAAAGUUCGACUUCUCAUAAGUUUCUCAAGAGACACAGAUCCCCUUACUUUUAACUUUGUUUCAUCUCUCAAAGCUAUUUGCACUGAAGUUCCAAGCUGUAGUUUGAAAGUUAAAUUCUUUGACCUUGAAGAAGAGAAUGCAUGCUUUCUUAAAGAACAGAAGAACACUUCCCUUCCCAAACUGAACCGUAAUAAAUAUAUGGUGACUGAUGGAGCUGCAUACAUUGGUAAUUUUGAUUGGGUAGGAAAUGCAUUUACGCAGAACGCUGGAGCGGGCCUUGUAAUCAACCAAGCAGACGCGGGGAACAGCACAAGCAUCAUAAAGCAACUCAAGGCUGUUUUUGAAAGAGACUGGUAUUCACAUUAUGCCAAAAGUUUACAACCAACAAAAAUCCCAAACUGCUUUAAUCACAAACUUAAUAAAGCAACAUCAAAUAAGACUGCCAUGAGCAAUGUGAAUUAGAAAGACUAUUUUACUGCUUAGUACGAUGAAGAAUUACAUUGGGUAUAGCCCUCUUUCAUAUUUACAUAUUUACAGACAAAAGACUUAAAAAAGCAAAAAAAAAAAAAAGGUUGGUUGGGGGGUGUUUUUAGGAAAAAGCACACUUAUAUAAACUAUCUAAACUAUAUUCUCUAUAUUAAGACUUUCAAAUUUGUUACUUCUGACACUGAAUGUCAAUUUUUGCUUCCAUGUUAAUUUUAACGUUCCUCAUUUGAACUUAACAGAAACAGAAGAAUUGACUGAGGCUGUUUUCAGAGUUUCGCUAAUUGCCAUCCUAGCUAGAAUGAACCCUUGGCAGAACUAAGUUCUUAGCUAUGAAGUGGCACUCCAAGAUCAGUUAUUACUGACAAACAAGUAGAUGGUAGGUUUGCCCUAUUAGAAAACAGAAGAAUAAGCAAAUAUUCACCUAUACAAAUUAUCCCCUUUAAAUAAAUAUCCAAUCAUGUAAGUCUUCUCUAGUUUUGAACAUUUAGUUAAAGCAUAAUCUUUUCUAAAUAGCCUUAAAAUACAUUACAGUUACAGUACUGGUAAUUCAUCUCCUAAGAGAAUGAGAAGAUAUUGAGGGACUGGUGUUGGCCUAAUCAAAUUCAUGAUAAUCACUAAAACCUCUCAGCUAAAUUAAUUUUCAAAGUAAUAUGGAUUCAUUUCAACCUAACAGUUAUUUCUAAUGACAGUAUUAUCUAACAAUGUACAUCUCUGUAUUACAAGCAAAGAACUAGGGAGUGCAAGAAAAAUCAGUCCAAGAACAAAUUUUUCUAAAGGUCGAAGUUUUUCAAGUAUAUAGAAUAAAAAAUAAAAAUAAAAAUAAAAUACUGCUUUUUUGGAAGGUCAAAGGUUGUGCAAAAUUAUGUAAAAAUUGUUGUUAAAUGAUAACAUAUUCAUUUUCACACAUUUUUUUCUUUCCUGUCACUUAAAAAAAAUGCAAAAUGGCUUUUUUUUUAAAAAUGUUGUCCACAUAGGCGAAUAUAUCAGCAUAAACUGAACUGUUCUGUAAAAGUGUGAAUUUGCUCUUUAAAAAGAUUCUUUUCCAGAACUGUAUUAGCUUAGUUUCUUAAUGAAAACAUUUCAUUACUAUCCUGCUUCUGCUGAAGAAAUACAGCCAUGAAAGCAAACUGCAUUCUCCAUUAUGUUAAUAAUUAAUGUAACUCUUUCCAAAUGCAGACUGUUCUCACCCGGCUGUAUAUUACAGAAGGCAUGUUUUCAAAGCAGUGGGUUAAGAGAUACCAAAACCAAAAAUGUCCCAAUGGAUUAUUUUAAUCUUAAAACUAAGUUAAAACGCCACCUUGACUUUCAAAAUACAAGUUUCAUUUAAAAGUUUUUUUUUUAAAAAAAAAAAAAAGGUCAAUUUUAUUUUAAAGUAAGCACAGUUUAGGAAAUUAUGAAAAGGUCAUGUAUGCACAACUUCAGAAUACUAUUUUGCCAGCAAGAGAUAGAGACACACCAUGAAACUGGUUAGGACUGCAAAUGGCACACUUUUAACAAUCACUGUGUUUCUUUUGCAAUUUCCCAGGUGUAUAUCAUCUUACUAGAAAGAAUGAAAAAAAAAAUAGUUUUCAACUUUUACAUAAGAUUCUGCACAGUUCUAAUGUUACAGAACAUUUGAUAAUAUUCAGAUAAACCCAUGCAAUUUAUUAGACUUUCCUCCUGAAGGACAACAUAUAUUCUGACAUUUGUGUAAGAAACAAACAAACAAAUCUAGAAAGAAAAAGGUUACCUGAGUCGCUUAAAAGGAGGCAUCUUUGGGAAGAGAAAAUUUUGUAUUUUCUCUCUUCUGUAUAUAACUUUACUAUACGUAUUGCAAGAACAAUAGAGAUCCCCAGCACAUAAUCUGAGAUUUUAAAAAUUAUUAUUAUUUUCAUCCAGAUUCAUUUCUUGUGAAACUCUUACCAAUUUCAGCCAUUGGUUACAUCACCAAUGAAUUUAGCCUUUGGAGUCAAUGCAAAAAAAAAAGGGGCGGGGGGAUUAAAAACCGAUUGAGAUAGUUUUAAAUUUUCUGAGAGAUCAAAAAUGGUCCCCAUGGAUGGGUAAUCUUAAAGCUUGAGAUAAAUUUACUACUCUGUUUUUACUAAGAUUAAAAAAAAAAAAAAAGACACCCCUCCCUCCCCACUUUUCAGAGUUGUAGCACCUGAUGGCAAUAAUAUAAUAAUAUACAAGAAGAAUCACUGUAAUAUUUUUCCCUCUUGUAUUAUGGAUACUAGAAAUGUGUUAAGUUUUUGAAGUGACAUUUUGUACAAGUAAUGAAGAAUCUCAGUGCAACAGAAAUUUGUCAAAUGCUAAAGCUAAUCUUUUUUUCAAAUCAGUAUUUAGUGAUGAGAUCAGACUGUGGAGUUACCACUGACCUUCUAUUUAGGAUAGCAAAUGAAUGAUUCAGAUAUAAUAGUUUCAUUGAACUGAUCCUAGGGAAAUACAAUCAUAAAGAUUAACUGGUCCCUCAGUUAACAACUGCAUUCUUACUGACUUGACAAACAAAUUCUGGUGCUUCAAUGACCCACUCCCGCCCCCCCAAAAAAGCUGAUACAUAGAAGUACUUUUUAAAAGUAGUAGUAUAUUCUGUUUUUAUGAUUGAUCGGGGUUUUUCUGAGCAACUUUAAUGAGAAAUAGUGGUCAGCCAUCCUACAGCUGGUCUGGCAGGCUCAAAUUUCAUUUUGUAUAACGAACGUAUGGAUUGCUAUCUUAAUAGCUAUUUACAAUGGCAGCAGCUCCAAAGUAGUACAGAAGGCUUUGGUCUGUUACAUUAGCCAAAAGACAAAGUGCAUCGUUGGACUUCAGCAAGUUGGAAAUUAAUGAAA